CGGAGCUUCUUCAAUCCUCGCCACUUUCCGAUCUCCCACGGCCAGUCAGCUAUCGGAGAGAACUGGACUCGGACAAUCACAGGAAUCACCCACCCAUCUCUCAAAUCCACCAGGGGACCCGGUUCCUGACCAAACCAAAAAAAACACCAUGGAGAUGCGAUCCCUAACCCGCAGCCUCCGCGCGAGGCCGACAUCUCUCUACACCGCGCAGCAGCCCUCGUCCAUCCUCAGGAGCCAAUUUUUCGCCGGCCACCGCUCCCUGCGCUUCUCCUUCUCCGACAAUGCCCCUCCCACCAACGCCCCUCGCGGCCCCCGGGCCAGCCAACCCUCCGACUUCGACCAAAUCCUCGACAAGCUCAACCUCGACAGCCAGGCGCCCAACUCCCAGAGCCCCUACUCCUCCUCCUCCCCCUCCUCCCCCCAGCGGCCCGGCGCCGAUGGCAUCUCCGUCACCAGCGCCGUGGGCGCCGCGAUCUCGCCGACCGGCGCGGGCCCCGACCGCCCCCUGCGCAAGGUCUCGAUGAAGCUGGGGCCCUCGCUGGGUCGUCAGGUGCCCGUGGAGCCCGAGAGGGGGCUGGAUCUGACCGCGUCGCUGCGGAUUCUGCAUAGAGCGUGCCAGCAGAACAGGGUGCGGCAGGACGCGCAGGCGCAGAGGUUCCAUGUUCGUCGGGGUCAGAUGAAGAAGAACAAGCGCAUUGUCCGGUGGAGGCGGUUAUUCAAGUACUCGUUCAACCAUACGGUUGAUCGGAUCAAUCGCAUGCGGGCUCAGGGGUGGUAGAUUGGUUGUCAAUCGGCAGUUGGUUUUUCGUGUCGUUGAUCGAGGGAGUGGGAUUGGGGAUGAAUGAUUGUGUAUAGAUUGGUAUUUACUUUUUUUUUUGGGACGGACACUGAGAUGAAGGGGAAAACUGUAUGAUGGGAUAGAGCAUGCUUGCUUGCGUGUGGAGAAGGAGGGUUGUCUUGUACAAUUAUUAUCUUAUGUUUUGAUUGUUAUACUAACACGGGAGUUAAAUCAUCAUGUUUGGCUAGAUGAGAAAAAAAAUAGCAAAAUCUGAGCAUCUAUCC